AUAUUCCAACAUUCUGACAAUUCUUAUUUCUUAUUGUUAAUUGCUUCUAUUAAUUAAACAAUAAAAAUAUAUAUAUAUUUUAAAUAUACUACAGAGUUUUGAUAAGUGAAACAUAAUCAGCAAAGUGGAAUUGAUGGAUUUUUCAAUAAUAUAUUGCACGAGAUGUAAAACAUUUACUUCCAAUCACAAGUAGCACAAUUGCCGGCGUGCAUUAAUAUGGAUGAAGAAGAUGAAUACUUUGAAAAUACUUGGACUUAUAUUUCGUUGUGCGGUGAACCGACGCUAUAUGAUGGACUCCGAUUCGCCAAAGAUUUAAUCUUAGCGAAUGUAUGUUUGCGCUUUAUCAUACAGUACAUUUCUAUGCCUCACAAUGUGAGACACAGUUUGUCUCUCGUAUUUGGAAGUUUUCUUCUUUAUUACAACAUUGGCUGGGCUCUUAUUUGGAUUUACGGCCUCACCAUCGGAACUUAUGUGCUAAUUAUUUAUUUGUCCAUUUUUACAAAAAAAUGUAGGGGAUUUUUCGUAUCUUUUUGUGUAAUAUUAUUUUUAUUAUUGUGUGAGAUAUACUUAAUAAAUCCAAAAACUUGGCAGCAAAUCAGAGGUGUUCAAAUGAUAGUAGCAAUGAAAGUAAUUUCUGUAGCUAUUGAAUUAGACAGAAAUUUGUUUAAACAAAUGUUGAAUCCACUUGAAUUUGGUGGGUAUAUACUUUGUCCUGCUAAUUGUAUUUUGGGUCCAUGGAUAUCUUUUCACACUUAUGAUCAAUAUCUUCAUGUAAAAUUUUUGACUAAGAGAUGGGUGCAGAUAAUUAUAUUCAAUCUUUUUAUUUCAAUGUUUUGUUUAGUUUUAUCUAAUUGUAUAGUGCCUUGGUACAUAGAUGAUAAUGUGAGUAAAUGGUUGACAGCUUAUCGUGAUGCUCAAGCAUUUAGAAUGUCUCAUUAUUUUGUUUCAAGUAUGUCAAUUGUUUCAAUGAUAAGUGCUGGAUUUGGAUUAACUAAUGAUUGUCAUUCAGAUUUACAAGUAACAAAACCAUUCUUUAUUGAGCUACCUAGGUCACUUGUUCAAGUUGUUAUAUUUUGGAAUAUUCCAAUGCAUCAAUGGUUAAAGAAUUAUGUUUUUAAAACUUGUCAACCAUAUGGUCAAUUUAUAUCAAUACUUACAACUUAUGCGGUAUCAUCUUUGCUACAUGGCUUUAAUUUUCAAUUUUCUGCAGUAUUACUCAGCAUUGGGACAUUCUCAUAUGUAGAGUAUAACUUUCGUUAUAAAGUUGCAUUGGCUUUAGAAGUUUGUUGUUUAGCCAACCCAUGUGUUAAACAAUGUGAACACAAAUAUAAAAAGAACAGUCUCUUAGCUGUCUUUGUAAACACAUUAUUUUCUGUUUUAACCAUCAUACAUCUAGCCUACCUUGGAGUUAUGUUUGAAGCCUCCUUUUCUGUUCAAGAAUCAGGAUAUUCAUUUUACAAUACUAUAAAUAAAUGGGAAAACCUUAAUUAUUUUAGCCAUGGCCUUGCAGCAUUUAUGUAUUUAAUUUAUUUAAUGAUGUGAUAUUAAUUGUAUUUAGAGGAAAAUAUUAACUGAAAAUCUUAAUCUCUUAUGAUCUCUAUGAUGGUAUUUAUAGGUUAAUUAUAAAACUUAAGUGAAAAUAGAUAAAGUUAAUAAUAAAAGUUGAACAAAUAUGUUAAACCAAUGCAAUCUUUCAUUAUUGAAAGUAGAUAUGCACUAUAUUAUGUUAACUUUGAUGAAAUUGGUAGUUAAAAUAAAAGUUUAUAGAGAUUACAAACAUAACUUGUAUUCUGUCAUACUGCUGAGUCAAUAAAAUUGGAAACCUUACAGGUUUGCAAAGAUUUGGUUACUAGGUUUUAACUAAAUGCACAAUAAUUAGGUAGCGACUUUUAUCAGUAUUUUUAAUUCGAUUAGUAUUUUACAAUUGGGGCAUAGCAGUAUAAAUAUUAUAUUAUUUCUGUAAAUUGGGUAUAUUUAAGCCUUUGA